UCAAGCAUCAAUGCUUGGUUAGAAAAUUACAAUCGAAUGUUGACAAUUUACAGCUGAUUUCAAUUUGUGCAGUUAACAACGCCGUGGCUAUUUUAAUAUGAGUUGUAAGUGGGAGUAAAAUUGUUUAUUUAUGUUCAAAAAUGGCAGGUGUUAUGCCCACGAAACGAUCAUCUGGUCGAAAACAAUGGACAAUUCACGAUGGGCCAAGAGGCUCCUUAAAGCGUUUACGUAGUCAACUAGCUAGUGAUGGUUGUGCUGAAUCUCAAGUAGUUUUGGCCAAGCAGCUUCUUGAGGAGCAAUGUGAACUUGAUGUGGAAAAAAAUGAAAAUGCAAGAUUAGGUGUUUACUGGUUGUUAAAGGCCUCUGAACAAGGUAACACAGAAGCCACAGAUCUUUUAAAGCAAUGUCUUAAAACUGGUAAAGGCAUCACUGAACAGAAUUACAUGGAUGUAAAGACAUGCAUUAACAUGACACAAGAUGAAAAGAUUGCCAGGAAAGCUGCUAGGGAAAUGUUUGCCAGCUUAUCAAAUGGUGAAGACUAUAUAACAUCAGAACAACUUCAAAAACGAAUGUUGGAAAUAGAUAAGCAGAGCCAGUUAAAAGAAAAGCCUCUCGAAGAUUUUGAAGAUCCCAAUAACGUGGAUUUGGCUGAGAAUUAUCAAGAACAAACCAGUGAAUCUGAAGAGGAAACGGACUGGUCUCAACGUUCAGACGGCUAUAACGAAAAAUUAACUGAAGAUCACGUCGUCGCUGCAGCAGUCGAUUACUCCCACGGGAAUUUGCCUCUCGUCAACAGGAUCUUGUGUUUGACAGAGCCGAAUUUACGUGCAUUAGAUCAUAUCCCAUUUAUUCAGAGGUCAAUUUUGCACCCUUUUCUAGCCUUUAGAAUAUUGUAUUAUAAAACAAUCAAGGUUUGCGGUCGGAAAGCAUUCUUUAAAUACUUUCCUAUUUUGAAGACUGAAACCCAAUUUUUUUUAGUUGUCUUAUUAUAUUUAUUCGUCAGUUCUGACAACUUUGUGUUCUUUCUUCCCAUGGCCGUGUUUUAUGUUAGCUUUAUAUUUAUGGCACUGACAACGUUCCAGAUGCUUCAAGUGAAAAGAGAUUACUCAGACUACAGGGUGUGGACCAGGUUAUUUUUAACUUAUUCCGGGGGGUCUUUGAACUCCAACAGAGUUGAAUUUCAGUUUAUUUGUAACAAUCUGAGGCCUUUUGGUCAUUUCUUUGUCUCUUUGCUAGUUAAUAUGUCGGUACACCCUAUAAUUUCGAAUCAGUGGCUGCCUUAUUCUGAGUUGACUAUUAUUUCAUUUUGUUUAACAUUUAUGACUUUAUUUUCCUUCACGUUUAGGGAGCGCAAAAGACAUUUGGACUUAUUGUUGUUCUUAAGCUUUUCUGUUAAUGUCGUAGCCAGAUAUCCUUACGAAACGGACGCCGUAGUAACCCAAGGGUGGCGAUUUCUAGAGUUAAAUGUUCCUAAUUUCGCGAGUUACGUAAUAGGUAACAGUGUCGAGUUUUGUAUCAAUUUUCGUGUACUCUUUUACUUAUUUAUACCUUUUUUGCUUUUGAUCAUUGCUCGUCAAGAAAAUUGGCGUGGUAUCUACAAAUUUUUGAUUCCCCAUUGUGUUACCCUUAGCUGGCUCCAAAUGGUUAUUGUGAAUUCUCAAGGAGCUACUAUGUACGGUUUGCUUAGGGCUACGUUGGCCCUUGUUGGAGUUGUUCUAUUUCUACCCCUCGCAGGCGUAACAAGUAUUGUACUACCCGCGGCUGCCCUAACAAAAUACUUACUCACCUGCAAUUCCCUUUACAACGUGGCCAUGUUCGUUGGUUUUAGCGCUGUGGGGUUGUCCCUCAGUUUCAUCCUUGCAAAAAGCAGAUUUAACAAAUGUACAGCUCUUUUACAAGUUGCCCUAGGUAUAGUUGCCUUCAUAGUCUUAAUGAAUUCCGUUAUUCAUGAGAAGUCGAUAUCGAUCAAUACUUUUUCAGAAAAGCAUGUCCCUUCCUCCAUUUCUUGGGAACAAUAUCAGAAUUAUUGUUACGAAACGUCAUGGGAGUCCCAGAAUGUGGCCAGCACCCAAAUCAAAUGUGCCAAACUUGCAAGUUUUCUUGUUGAUUGGGAAGGAUACGUUAGUGAAAUCAUGAUCACUGAAAUAAAUAAUUCAUACAAAAACAUCAUCGAUAAAUUUCCUCGUUCAAUUCGCACUUUUCUUUAUUGUUAUUUCGGUGAUCAAAUGCAGCACGAAUGUGAUAAAGUGUCUCAAACUUUAGAAGAUGAUUGUUUAAUAUUUUACGAUAUAAUUAAAUCAAAACUACCGUGUCACUUGGACAAAUAUAACGUAUAUCAGUUUCAAAUAGAUGUAAGAAUGCCAACUGGUAUUUGGGGUAAGGCGACGACGAUUUCUUUAUUAUUAAAUAACGAUUUCAAAAAUUUUACCAUGGAGCUAAUGCCAGAUGAUAAAAUAAAAUUUAAAGGAGAACUUGCAAGCUUCUUAGGAAAAAGGAAUGUAAUUGUGAAUGUAAAUGAAAUUGAAUGCCUUAGUUGUCAGAAUCCAAACUUAUCUAAAAUUUCAUUGAAUUGUCAUAAUUUACCUCUCAAUUAUUUUUCUAAUUUAAUUAACAUUGGAAUAAAAGAUGUUUUAAAUUUUAUUUUGAAACCCUUUGUAAUAUUUAAAUAAACUUGUUUUAUAUUU